GGGGGCGGGGUGUCCUAGCCCCACCCUCUUUCCUGAGCUGGCAUUUCUCCCGGGAGCUUUCUUACGAGCUGUCACCGGUACCCCGCGCUCUCUCCCUGCUGGCCUCAGAUGAGGAAACUGAGGCUUAGAAAACAUGAACUGAUUUGCUACAUCUCCAGCACGUGUCAGAGCUGAAACCAGGUCUCCUGAAUCUGGGUCCUGUGCUUCUUCCCAUUCUCACAACCUUUUCAGUUGGAGAGACAGAACUAACAGGUUCUACAGAUGCCAUGACUCAGCAGUCCCAGGAUGAGUUUGACAGCAGUGUAGAGAGUGCCCAGGAGUGGAUGAAGGCUGUGCAGGAACGACUGCGAGUUAAUGACAACACCCAAGGUCCGCGAGCAGCCCUGGAAGCCAGACUGAGAGAGACAGAGAAAAUAUGUCACCUGGAACCAGAGGGACAAAUGAAGAUGGACCUGGUCCUGAAGACAGCAGAAGCUCUUCUCAGCUGUUGCAGUGAGGAACAGAAGCACAAGAUCCUGGCUAGGCUGAAGGACAUCAAAGCCCAGUGGGAAGAAACAGUCAUCUAUAUCACUCACUGUCACAGCCGGAUUGAGUGGGUGUGGUUGCACUGGAGUGAAUAUUUGCUGGCCCAGGAUGAAUUUUACCGAUGGUUCCAAAAGAUUAAGAUGACCUUGGAGACCAGUGUGGAGCUACAGUUGGGAUUAAAAGAAAAACAAUGGCAACUUAGUCACUCUCAAGUCCUGCUCAAUAACAUCCUGAACCAGUCUAUCCUCUUGGACAGGCUGUUAGAGGAAGCAGCCUCCUUGUUCAACAGGAUAGGAGACCCCAGUGUAGAUGAAGAUGUCCAAAACAGGAUGAAGCAAGAGUAUGAAAAGAUAAAGGCCCAAGGCCAGGAAAGAGUCAGCCUCCUUGAGAAGAUAACCAAGGAACAUGAGCAGUACAAGGAAAAUGUGGACCAAUUUCACCUGUGGCUAAACGGGGUAAUGGAAAAAGUGAACACCUCUCUAGGAAAAAGAUGCAAAUUGUCUGCUAAGCACCAGCUCAAAACUUUACAGAACUUCACUAAAGAUUUUCAGAGUGGUGAGAAAUCGUUGAAGAAGCUUGAGCAUCAGUCGGCCGCCAUUAUCCAGAACACCUCUCCUUUGGGAGGGGAGAAGAUUACCAAUGAGCUUGAAGAGCUAAGGAAAAUCCUGGACAAACUGAAAGGGCUUUGUAAGGAGGAAGAGGAGAGGAUCCUGAAGAAGCUGAAGGCAGAGGGGGCCUACGAGGUACAGGUCGCGCAGCUGGAAGCUGAGCUCAGAGAAUUCAGGAAGGAGCUCCUAAGACUGGUGGAGGGUCUGGAACCUGGGGAGAAAACAAGGAAUGAAGCCGAGUUGAUAGCCCACUGGAGGACUUACUCUAUCACCAGAUCAGCUCUGGCAGCAGAAGAACCUAAGGCUGAAAGACUAAAGUCUAAGCUAAAGGAACUCAUCAGGUUUGACCAUGAUCUGGAACCCCUCUCGGACAGUGUUGUGACUACCUUGCAAGAGUUCCAAAGGGCUAAAGAAUAUUCCUCUAAAUUGAGAAAUCGUUCUGGGACAGACCUGUGGCAGCACUUUCAGCACGUAAUUCAAGAGUUCCAGCUGUGGAAGGCAUUGGUCCAGAGACUCUUGGCUAUCACCAACAGCCUCCCUGAUCUCCCAUCUAUACAUACCUUUGUGCCACAGAUUGAGUCGGCACUGGCUGAAAGCUCACGCUUGAAGGAACAAUUGAUCAUGUUAAAACUGAAGAAGGAUUUGUUGAUCAGUGUAUUUGGUGAGGAACGGGCACAGUCUUUCCUAGAAGAGGUGGACAACACUAUCAGGGAGAGAGACCUGCUUCAUAACAAUCUCUUACAAAGAAACAGCAAGUUACAAAGUGCAAUAUCUCAGCACCAUGACUUUGAUACUGCAUUUGAACCACUGCAAAAGAAGUUAGCAGAUCUCCACAUCAGAGCAGCAGAAAAGGAGUUUCAGCGUGACCUCCCUAGUAAGCAGGCCCAACUCCAGUGCUUGCAGAACCUCCAGGAAGGCUUGCAAGAGCUUGACAUUCAGAUUGAAGACCUGAAGCCCCUCGUUCGGACAAAUCCCAGACACCAGCAUAAAAUCAGUCAAUUUUUAUCUGAUUACCAGACCUUGAAGAGGUCUUUGGAGAUAACUAUGGAACAAAGGCAGCAGCAAGUUCAGGAACACUGGACAUUCAACCACAAACUGUGGGAGCUCCAACAAUGGAUUGGGAUGGCCAAACAAAAGCUGGAAUCCUACCAAAGGGAUGAAGGCCAGUGGAAGGUGGAUGGCCAAUCCGUAGAAGAUAUUGAGAGGCUGGUGGCUGAAUUCCCUGAUAAGGAAGUACAAUUGCACUUGAUCGAAGCUCAUGGCCAGCUGGUAAUGGAGACAUCAUCUCUUGAGGGAGCAGCUCUUGUCCAAGAAGAAUUAAAGGAACUGAUGGAGUCUUGGAAGGCUCUGAAGUUGCUUGAGGAAACAUUGUUGAGCCUCAUCAGGAAGUGGCAGCUAAAAAACAAGGAGAUGGAUCCAGGGACAAAACUGAUUUUUUCCAACAACAUCCUAAAACAUGGGUUUCUCAUAGAUACUGUGGACUCUGUUCCUAGACACCGGGGUAAGAGAAGUCCACCCAAAGAAGAAGAAAGUAAUGACAAUUUCUCCAAACUUCUGAAAGACUUUGAACAGUGGUUGCAUAUGGAAAAAAUCAAGUUGGUCAAGAUCAUUGCCAUGAAAAAUUCCACUGCUAAGGACUCAGAAAUAAGAAAAAAUAAAUUGAAGGAGCUGCGAGAUAGGCUCCCCAAAGGUCAGCGUCUCUUUGAAAAUCUUCUUCAUCUCCGACCAAAAAGAGAGAUCUCUGAAAACCUAGAGAACCUUCGCUACCGUUGGAUGCUCUACAAAUCUAAACUCAAGGACUCCAGCCUUUUGCUGGAGGCUCACAGUCCUCUUGGGAAGCCAACUGGAUUCAGAAAGAGUCGAACAGGAGGAUUAUGCCCCUUCCUCAAUCGAGUGUGCUGUGUAGCCCUACCCCUCCAGCUAUUUUUGCUGUCCCUUCUCUUGUUUCUGUUGCUGCUGCCCCUGGGACAAGAAAGAUGGAGCUGCACCUUUUCCAACAACUUCGCCCGUUCAUUCAAGCUGAUGCUGCGAUAUGAGGGGCCCCCACCAACUUAGUGAGCAACAAAAACCAGGAGACAACAGGCUUGUUAUUCCGUGCUCUUGUCUCCCCUCCACCUCCAGGCUUUCCCCCCAAAGACAUAGCUCUAACUGGAAAUGUGGCCCGAGCUCAUUGGCAAAACUUUAAUCUGUAUUAUCCCAGCAUCAAUGUAACUAGAGCUAAGUUAAUUUUUUAUACAAUAUUAUGUGACUAUAUUUAUAAAACAUAUGUUUGUAUGUCUUGAUAGGGAAUGAGAGGCAGGCUUUAAACACAUAUGACAGACAUUCUACAUGUAUGUUUAAAUAUAUAAUUACUAUAUAUUGAUGGGAAAAAUCCUAACCUGCUUCUCAGACAUUGUUCUGCAGUAUUUUGUAUAGCCAAGAAGAACAAAUAGAGUAACAUCUCAUUUAUCUAGAAAUCAAUUCUCUAUUAUCUGGACUCAGCUUAGAAUUUGUCAGGAAACCAAAAAGAAAGGUCUGAACAACUAAAAUAGAUGCAUACACUAAAGUUCAUGCAUUUUAUAUAUAGGAAAACCUCUUUGGCCAUUCACUCAGAGGUUACUUACUUACUAUUACUUUCUAUAAAAUUUGAACUAGUGAUUGAAGCAAUCAAAAAUGUAUGUUAGUAUUGCUGUUAAAAUUAUUAUCAUCUGCUUUCCCAGCCUGAGCCAGGUUGGAAGCUAAAUUAUAGCUCAUAGAAGUUUUAGAGCUGGAAGGGACCAGGUAAACAAGGCAUUACAGUAUCUAUCUUAUAGCUAUUUUUUAUUGUUUACAAUCCAAGUGAAAGGGAUGAGUAAGAAGUUUGGAACUUAUGUCAAAGGUGCAAUAUAGAAAUAGGGCAAUAUGCUCCAGAAGUGGGGCAGCCCCACUUUGGAGCCUCCAUUGCUGUUCAUCUCUGCCCUCCCAGUUUGGCUCCUGUGCAUGCAUGCAUACACACACACACACACACACACACACACACAUACACAUACACACAUCUCAGUAUACAGAGGUUAGACCUGAUUUUCAGGCUCUUACAGCUGAGGCUAUAUUUUAGACUAAGUGCUCUCUUACUCCCAUGGCCAACAAAUUGGUUUAUUCCCUCUCCACAGCCACUGCCUUGGACUUAACUCCAGGUUUUACAUUUCCUAUAGUUCUUAGGAGUUGGUGCUUUAAAUCUGAGUCAUUAUUUUCCCUUAUUAGAAAAUUUCUCUUUGAAAGAUGUCAUCAAACUACACCAAGUGCCUACUCUUUUUUAAAAGUUUAAUCAGUCUAUACAGUCAUGUCCUAUUAGUCACAGUAGUUCAAUGAAACAAAAAAGAGUUGAAAUUGAUGAUGUUGGACAUCCUUUCCAUCCCGGAAGCCUUGGUCCUGUGAUACACAACAAUAGGUGCUCCUGACCCUGAAUCUUUUAUAUUAGGUUUUGAAAUCAGAGUAAUAUUGGAACUAGAAGGUAUCUUUGAAUCAUAAAAUGUUUGAUCAGGAAAGGUCUCAAGAGGAUGUUUUAUCUAACUUCUAUAUGAGAAGAUAAAGACACUGAAAUCCAGAGAAAGAGAAAGUGAUUUUCCCAAGGUUGCAUGGCUCAGGUCUUUUGAUUUCCUGUACUUUUCCUAUAAUGUUACAGUGCUUCUGUUAAGGCUUAUAGCUUAUAAUUGAUUUCUUACCACAUCAUGAGAAUCACCCACAAGAAUCAUGCUUAUGUAUGUACCACCCUUCAUGGUAUAUUGCUCUGAACUAUGGCAGGAGGGCUCUGUGAGCAUACUCUUCUCAUAGAUAAUGGAAAACUUCCUAAUCACAAACAAGAAAACAACAUGGCUGAUGGAAGAGCCUAAAUUUUAUUUGGAAAAUGAAAGUGUUUUCUUAUUGAAAUCUAGAAAUAGAUUUUGUCCUAAGUUAAGUGAACUUUAAAACUGGGGUUCACCACCUGAGUGAAACCAGAAUUCUGCACUGAUGAAACCAAAUGGAUAAGGUCCCUGAUAAAAUUACAUCCUAGGUGAUAUUCUUAUGUCAGCAGAUGUAAAAACAAACAAGAAACUUAUAAGAUGUAUUUGAAUUUAAAUAUAUCAUAUUAAAUUUUAGGGGAAAAUAUUUUAAAUGUUUAAAUAAAAUAAUUUAAAUAUUUUGGGGGAGUAAAAUAUUUUAAACAUUAAUUUAGGAUCAUUGAUUUGGUAUUUCUGCUUCUUUGUACAUAAUCUUUGAAAUUUUUUUAGAUAUUGAUAUAUCUGAAAUAAUCACUGAAGGACAGUGAGUUGAACUCCAAACUGAAUAGGAGGAAGAAAGUUGGAUUGCAUUUGGUGUAUAGUUUUAACUGAUACCAAGCUGUUCCCAUUACAAAAACCAUCUGGAGGACAACUGUCCUCCAGAUGAUGCUAUAUCAUUAUGACUCUGAAUACCGUAAUCUAAACACUAGCCACAUUUCAGUGGAUCCAAAGGACAAAAAAAACAGCCUGGCUACAAGUAACCCAGGGACAACAUCUUUUUAUCAAUGUUCCUUAUAUAGAAGAAGAAGCCUUGAGGAAAUGGAUGGUCAGAAAAGUAGGUGGUUCAGUCGUGGUGAGAGUAAGUGAUAACAGAUGGACAGCCUCAGGAUUUCUCUGGUAGUCACAGAAUGUUCAAAGAUCUAGAAGGUCCCUGAGCUGUACGAAUUAGGAGAAAUGGACAAGAACAUUACACAAGGAGAGAAUAGUUAUCUUCUCCGUGUCCUCUCUCUCAGCCUCUAGAGAGGCUCAGUCCCAUCUACCAAAGGCCUCAUCUGUCCCAGUGGAGCCCAAAGCCAUUCAAUUCUUUAAAUAUUCUUCUCACUAUAAGUCAUUUUUCAUGUUUGGGAUUCUUUCCUAUUCUCAUCUCUGCUUCUUGCCUUCCCUGACUUCCUUCAAAGCCUAACUAACAUCCCACCUUUUCUAAGAAGUUUUUCCUGAUUCCUUUUAAUAUGAUUCCUUUCCCUUCAUUAGCUUCAGCAUGCCCUGGCUAUCUGUUGUUUGUAUCCUGUUACUGUUAUGUCUCCCCCAUUAGACUGUGAGCUUUCCAAGAGCAGGAAUGAUGGGGUUUUUGUUUGCCUUUGUAACCCUAGCAGUAAGCAUAGUGCCUUACCUGUAAUGACUGCUUAAUAAAUACGUAUCAACUGACAAA